AUGGAAAAGAAGCGAAGAGCGAGGAUCAAUGUAUCCUUGGAGCAGCUGAAAAUGCUGCUGGAGAAACACUAUUCGCACCAGAUCCGUAAGCGCAAACUGGAGAAAGCAGAUAUUCUGGAAUUGAGCGUCAAAUACAUGAAAAGUCUGCAGAAUUCGGUUCAAGGUGUUCCCCCAGUGUUCACCAGUGCCGAGUACCAGGCAGGCUUUCGGAGCUGCCUCCACGGGGUGAGCCAAUUUCUGCGGCGCUCUGAGUCAAGCUACGGUCUGCCUUGCCACCUGCUGCAGGAACUCGCCCAUGUCGGCCUCCAGGCAGGCACCCCGGGCUUCAGUACCACGGACAGCGCCACGCCGAUUUCAAGCCCUGAGGCGCAGUCUCCCGCCUUCCCCAGAUGCUCCGGAGCGGCGGAGCCUUGGGGAUCUUCUCCCUCCGCCAGCACCCUGCGGCCAUCUAGACAGAGGCUUCUCCUUCCUACUGCCACCCCCACCGCGAUCCCAGUUCCUCCCGAGAGUCCCCAGCCAGAAGUCCUUCGAAACAGCGCCUCUGCAGAGAGUAGCAAAGGGCAGAAUGUGUGGCGUCCUUGGUAA